CUUGAGACGUACAUACCUCUACAUACGCAGAAUCACCACGUCCUCGCUAUCCUCUCCGUCAUUGUCCAGGACGUUAAACCCUCCAAACUCACUUUGAAAGUACAGAUAUCAAUAUGAGACCGCAAGUGGUAGGAGCAAUCCUCCGCUCUAGAGCUGUUGUCAACAGACAAGUUCUCUCGAAAACUCGCCUUUGUGCUGCUGUUACUGUUGCAAAGUCCUUAUCACCUAUCCAGAACUCAAGAAGAACCUUUGCAUCUUCUCUCCCAAGGUUGCAUGAGCCAAAGGCGGAGAUAACGGCUGAGGGACUUCAGUUGAGCCCUCCGCAGGCUGUUGCGGAUGGAAAGCGGACUGUUUUACCGAACUUUUGGCUGCGUGACAACUGCCGGUGUACGAAAUGCGUGAACCAAGAUACUCUCCAGAGAAACUUCAACACUUUUGCCGUGAGUAGCUCAGCACACUCAGUGAUCCCCUCUCUGGUCGGAUCACCACGGCUAACCAUUCUUCAGAUCCCAUCCGACAUCCACCCAACAAAGGUCGAAGCAACCAAGGAGAACGUCACCGUCCAAUGGUCCGACAACCACACAUCCACCUACCCCUGGCCCUUCCUCUCCUCCUACCUCACCUCCAACUCCCGCGUAGUGGGCCGUGAAAACGACGUGCAAAUCUCCCUCUGGGGCUCCGAAGCCAUCGGCUCCCGCCCGCCCACCGUCUCCUUCCCACGGGUGAUGGCAUCAUCUUCCCUAAAAGGCGUCGCCGAUUUGACUUCCAUGAUCAAAGAAUUCGGUUUCUGUUUCGUCAAAGACACCCCCCACAACGACCCGGACGUGACCCGCCAGCUUCUGGAGAGAAUCGCUUUUAUCAGAGUGACCCACUACGGCGGCUUCUACGAUUUCACGCCCGACCUGGCCAUGGCCGACACGGCGUACACGAACCUGGCGCUGCCGGCGCACACGGACACGACGUAUUUUACGGAGCCGGCCGGGUUGCAGGCUUUUCAUUUGUUGGAGCAUAAACCGGCACCCGUGGCACCCGGUAGUGGCUCCGAAGGUGAAGGUGAAGGAGAGGUGGCGGUGGGGGGGAAGUCGUUGUUGGUCGAUGGAUUCAACGCCGCCCGCAUCUUGAAACAGGAGGACCCCAAGGCUUAUGAGAUCUUGAGCAGCGUGAGGCUGCCGUGGCAUGCUAGUGGGAACGCAGGGAUCACGAUUGCGCCCGAUAAGCUGUAUCCUGUUCUGGAGCUGGAUGAGGAUACGGGGGAGUUGCAUAGGGUUAGGUGGAAUAAUGAUGAUAGGGGUGUGGUGCCGUUUGGGGAGAAGUACAGCCCGUCGGAGUGGUAUGAGGCGGCGAGGAAGUGGGAUGGGAUUUUGAGGAGGAGGAGUAGCGAGUUGUGGGUGCAGUUGGAGCCGGGGAAGCCGUUGAUCUUCGACAACUGGAGAGUUCUUCAUGGUCGCAGUGCGUUCUCGGGUAUUAGGAGGAUUUGUGGAGGGUAUAUCAAUCGUGAUGACUUCAUCUCUCGGUGGAGGAACACUAACUAUCCUAGAAGCGAGGUUCUUCCGAGGGUUACUGGUUGACGGAAGAGUAUGUCUCUCGAAGCUUGAGAAGCUCUUCAAACCAUGUCUCGGUAUCUCGGUGUUUCCUGGUCAUAGAAGAGAUGGUUUGGUCCCCUGGAGAUGUUGGAAAAACAGAUAUUGCGUUGGAUAGUACAUAUACCCAAUCUUUUGAUGAAGAACUUCACUUUCCACCCUGACUGUUGUUGUGAAAGUGAUUCUCCAGAACCAAGUGGAAUACUAAAACACGGUCGAAAAUUCAUUGGGAAGACGGGCCAUCAUAUGUCAUAAAGGGGAUGCUCAAGAUAGAGCUUGGGAGGUUGUCCGGAAUUCGGGACUU